GGCCUAGCGGAGGACGUCCGAGAGCACCCCGCGCAGCGCGGCUGGCUCUGCGGCCUAUGCGAGCAGGCAGGCGCCUCGGUAUCAAUCACACGGGCGAACGGCGCGCAGAAACUCCAGGACCGGCUUCGGCCACUCGUAAUCCGGAGCCCUAGAGGCCGCAAAGACGGUACCAUUUCCUCAGCGGCGGAUGAGGAAACAGCCCAGAGAGGCAAGUGGCUUGCCCAACAUCAUGCAGCUAGUUAGUGGCAGAGCUGAGACUAGAGACUAGAUCUGCUGACUCUGUCUGCUCUUUCCACUACACCAGCUCCUGGACCUGACUGCCACAGUAGGAUGAAGUAUUAUGAAUAAAACAUGAUUUCUCCAGUAAGAAUGUCUUUUCCUCCUCACUUGAAUCGACCUCCUAUGGGAAUCCCAGCUCUCCCACCAGGUAUCCCGCCCCCACAGUUUCCGGGAUUUCCUCCACCUGUGCCUCCAGGGACUCCAAUGAUUCCUGUACCAAUGAGCAUUAUGACUCCUGCUCCAACUGUUUUAGUACCCACUGUGUCCAUGGUUGGAAAGCAUUUGGGAGCCAGAAAAGAUCAUCCAGGCCUAAAGAACAAAGAGAAUGAUGAAAACAGUGGCCCCACGACUACAGUUUUUGUUGGCAACAUUUCUGAGAAAGCUUCUGAUAUGCUUAUUAGGCAGCUCCUAGCUAAAUGUGGUUUAGUUUUGAGCUGGAAGAGAGUUCAAGGUGCAUCUGGAAAACUUCAAGCCUUUGGGUUCUGUGAAUAUAAAGAGCCUGAAUCUACCCUCCGUGCCCUUCGAUUAUUGCAUGAUCUUCAGAUUGGUGAGAAGAAGCUCCUAGUUAAAGUUGAUGCGAAGACUAAGGCACAGUUAGAUGAAUGGAAAGCGAAGAGGAAAGCAUCCAAUGGGGUUGGUGAUUUUUCUGAAUUUGCCUUGUUUCCCAAGAAUGCCAGGCCAGAGACUACAAAUGAUGACGAUGAAGCCUUAGAUGAAGAAACAAAAAGAAGAGAUCAGAUCAUUAAAGGGGCCAUUGAAGUGUUAAUACGGGAAUACUCCAGCGAGCUCAAUGCCCCCUCCCAGGAAUCUGACUCUCACCCCAGGAAGAAGAAAAAGGAAAAGAAGGAGGACAUUUUCCGCAGAUUUCCAGUGGCCCCACUGAUCCCUUAUCCACUCAUCACCAAGGAAGACAUAAACGCUAUAGAAAUGGAAGAAGACAAAAGAGACCUGAUAUCACGAGAGAUCAGUAAAUUCAGAGACACACACAAGAAACUGGAAGAAGAGAAAGGCAAAAAGGAGAAAGAGAGACAGGAAAUUGAGAAAGAACGGAGAGAAAGAGAGAGGGAACGUGAAAGGGAACGAGAAAGGCGAGAACGGGAACGAGAAAGGGAAAGAGAACGUGAACGAGAAAAGGAGAAGGAACGGGAGCGGGAACGAGAGCGAGAUAGGGACCGAGACCGGACAAAGGAGAGAGACCGAGACCGGGAUAGAGAGAGAGACCGGGACCGCGACCGGGAAAGGAGCUCGGACCGUAAUAAAGAUCGGAGUCGAUCACGAGAGAAGAGCAGAGACCGUGAACGAGAACGAGAGAGGGAAAGAGAGAGGGAGCGGGAGCGUGAGCGGGAAAGAGAACGGGAACGGGAACGAGAGAGAGAAAGAGAGCGAGAGAGAGAAAAAGACAAGAAAAGAGACCGAGAAGAAGAUGAAGAAGAUGCUUAUGAGCGGCGAAAGCUAGAGAGAAAAUUACGGGAGAAAGAAGCUGCUUAUCAAGAGCGACUUAAGAAUUGGGAGAUCAGAGAACGGAAGAAAACUAGAGAAUAUGAGAAAGAAGCUGAAAGAGAAGAAGAAAGACGGCGAGAAAUGGCAAAAGAAGCCAAACGACUAAAAGAAUUCUUGGAAGAUUAUGAUGAUGACAGAGAUGAUCCUAAAUAUUAUAGGGGUAGUGCACUUCAGAAAAGAUUGCGUGACAGGGAGAAAGAAAUGGAAGCAGAUGAGCGAGAUAGGAAGAGAGAAAAGGAGGAAUUAGAAGAAAUAAGACAGCGUCUUCUGGCAGAAGGACAUCCAGACCCAGAUGCAGAACUGCAAAGAAUGGAACAAGAAGCUGAAAGGCGCAGGCAACCACAAAUAAAGCAGGAGCCAGAGUCUGAGGAAGAAGAAGAAGAAAAGCAAGAGAAAGAAGAAAAACGAGAAGAGCCCAUGGAAGAAGAGGAGGAGCCAGAGCAAAAACCUUGUCUUAAGCCAACCUUGCGGCCCAUCAGCUCAGCCCCAUCAGUUUCAUCUGCUAGUGGCAAUGCAACCCCCAAUACUCCUGGGGAUGAAUCUCCCUGCGGUAUUAUCAUCCCCCAUGAAAACUCCCCUGAUCAACAGCAACCUGAGGAACACAGGCCAAAAAUAGGAUUAAGUCUUAAGCUGGGUGCUUCUAAUAGUCCUGGCCAACCUAAUGCUGUAAAGAGAAAGAAACUCCCUGUGGAUAGUGUCUUCAACAAAUUUGAAGAUGAAGACAGUGAUGAUGUGCCCCGGAAAAGGAAACUGGUUCCUUUAGAUUAUGGUGAAGAUGAUAAAAGUUCCACCAAAGGCACUGUUAACACAGAAGAAAAGCGCAAACAUAUCAAAAGUCUCAUUGAGAAAAUCCCAACGGCUAAACCUGAGCUCUUUGCAUAUCCCCUCGAUUGGUCUAUUGUAGAUUCUACAUUAAUGGAACGUCGAAUUAGACCAUGGAUUAAUAAGAAAAUCAUAGAAUAUAUAGGUGAAGAAGAAGCCACGUUAGUUGAUUUUGUUUGUUCUAAGGUUAUGGCUCAUAGUUCACCACAAAGUAUAUUAGAUGAUGUUGCCAUGGUACUAGAUGAAGAAGCAGAAGUUUUUAUAGUCAAAAUGUGGAGAUUAUUGAUAUAUGAAACAGAAGCCAAGAAAAUUGGUCUUGUGAAGUAAAACUGUUUUUACAUUUAGGUUCCAUUUCAAAUUUUUUCCCCUUUUCCGCCAUUCAAAGGACUUUGAAUUUUAUCUGUCCUCAAAGACACUUGUGAAAUCUGUAAUUUUUUUUUAAUGUAGAAAAAUGUGAAAAAUUUUUUGGUCCUCUGCUCUGUUAAGACCCUUCUGUUCUCCCUCGGUUAUGGAGUUAUCUGAAUCCUACAUUGGUUCUCUUUAUAACUCACCAGGUACAAUUACUGGUAUGUUUUAUAAGCUGCAGCUACUGUACAACGCCUCUCUGAUAAUCUUGUUCUGCUAAUUUGUCCUUGUAAAUAUUAAAAUGACUCCCUGGUUCUUUUGCAAAAUUGCACUUAAUGUUGAAUUGUACCAGUUAGAAAACCAAGAUAAUCAUUUUUUAUUGCAAGAGUAUCAGCCAUCUUUUAUUUCCCACCCCCAACCCUGCCCUUUUUAAUUUAAAAACUGAUCAGAAAUGGCAAGUCCUGUUUAAGGUAUAGAAUUUAAAUUAGAAUGUAAGAAUGUGUCAAGUGGGCAACCCACUCUUCCUUAAGCUGUGUGUGUGUAUGAGUGUGAGUGAAUGUAUGAACGUCUUCUUUUUUUUCCCCCCUCAUUUGUCUUAGGGGCAGCUGCCUUAAACAUUUCAUGAUUCAGGAUCCUAAAGGGAAAGUAGUGAUAUUGUGCCAACCUAAAUGUCUUGGACAAUUGAAUUGUCAGUGUCCCAGUGCAUGGGAUUUUGUUAUGGUGCAGCAUUCUGUUGAACAGGAUGGGGUUCCCCUGUUUAGCUGGCUCCUUCAGCUUUUCUCUUAAGGGAGAAUGAGUCAUGCAGAGCUUUUUACAUUUCUUUAGGCUGAUCAUUAAUUUCUAGAGCACAUUAUUUUUUACAUUCAUUGGCUUUAACUAUUAUAGCUCCAUUUAGUAUCUCCUUGUAACAACCUCUCAUCUUUUAAGAAGAAUUUCUUUUUAAAGAAAAAAAUUCUUUCAAGAAAUGUUUUUCUUUUAAAAAAAAAGCCAAUUUCAACAUUGGGAGAAGUAGGAGAAAACAUUAAUAGAUUUGGACGUAACAGUUUAGAAAACAAUUUGUCAUCCAUUUAGGCAUUUUUUGACCACUCUUGAUUUUUUUUUCCCCUUAAAUUGUAAGAAAACUGUAUGGCUUAACUUUUUUAAAAAAUAAUAUAUAUAUAUAUGUAUACAUAAAUGGAGACUUUGUUUUACCUCUACAUAUCCAGGUUAAAAUUCUGAUGAUGUGCAUAAAGACGUACCAUGGGCUGUUUUUACUGUAGGACAGAACUUUACCAGGGAGCAAAACAGGUUGACCUGUUUAGAAAAGCUUAACUGUGACCCUAUGUUACUAGAUUUCUUUCAUCUUGAGGGGACAUUUGAAAACACUGUUCUUAACAAAUGGAAACGUGAAAAGGUUCCACCAUGUAAAUAUUUCGAAUAUUAAAAAAUGUAUAUAUUUGAUCUGGGGACUCAGAUUCUUUCAGAGUCUUGUUAAAUAAAUGGCAUCAUGUUAUAA